AUGUUAAAAGCCACAAUAUGGACCUGGCACCUCUUUUGUGAAGCAGCUGCUGAGGAGACCUCAGCACUGAUCAUAGCCAAUGAGAAACCCAAGGAAGAAAUCAAGACUGAGAACAACGAUCAUAUUAAUUUGAAGGUUGAGGGGCAGGAUGGUUCUGUGAUGCAGUUUAAGAUUAAGAGGCAUACACCACUUAGUAAACUAAUGAACGCCUAUUGUGAGCGACAGGGUUUGUCAGUGAGGCAGAUCAGAUUCCGAUUUGAUGGGCAGCCAAUCAAUGAAACAGACACACCUGCACAGUUGGAAGUGGAAGAUGAAAAUACAACUGAUGUGUUCCAGCAACAGACAGGAGGUGUCUGCUGAAAAGGGACCCUCCUACUUUACUCCAGGAUUCUGUUAUAGAGCAAGAAUACAGAUUCAAUCAUAAAACUGCAAUUGAGUUCCACCACAU